CGGCAGCCGCACCUAUUGGAUCUGUAGUUGCACUUUCCCUGAAGAUGGUGUAAAAACGCGCACAGCACCCCCGCAGAGCUACAUUGGAGUGCAACCAUGUUGACAAGGCUGUUCAGCGACCCCUCUCUGCUCCCCGAGGGUCAAAAGUAUUCGGGCUGGCCGGAGGACAGCGAGAGCGAGGACUGCAAGGCGAAGGACGGCGACCCGGAGCGGGGCUGUGGGAUGCAGGACGAGGAGAUGGAGGAGGACGAGCUCUUUGACGACGACAGCCGGGCAGCCGAGGAUGAGGAAGACGAUGAGGGGGAGGAAGACGAGGGGGCUGAAGAGACUGAGGGCGACAGGCCCAAAAAACGGGGUCCGAAGAAGCGGAAAAUGACCCCAGCCCGGGUGGAGCGCUCCAAGUUGCGCAGACAGAAGGCAAAUUCUCGGGAACGCACCCGCAUGCACGACCUCAACUCCGCCCUGGAUAAUCUGCGCAAGGUGGUCCCUUGUUACUCCAAAACGCAAAAACUCUCCAAAAUCGAGACACUCCGACUGGCCAAGAACUACAUCUGGGCCCUGUCCGAGAUCCUGCGCUCGGGGAAGAGACCGGACCUGGUGGCUUACGUGCAGACUUUAUGCAAGGGCCUCUCGCAGCCCACGACCAACCUGGUGGCCGGCUGCCUUCAGCUGAACUCCAGGAACUUCUUGACGGAGCAGUGUCAGGAGGGCGGGCGCUUCCCCGGCCCUAAUCCGUCCUUCUCCAUGCACCCAUACCCCUACCAGUGCUCCCGGCUGUCCAGCCCGCAGUGCCAGUCGAGCUCCAUGCCCAGUUCCCACACGUUAAGGACACACGCCUAUUGCUCCACCUACGAGUCCCUAUAUGCCGGGAACGCGUCCCCAGAGUACAACAGCUCCGAAUACGAGGGUCCACUGAGCCCACCUGUGUGUGUUAAUGGAAACUUCUCUCUCAAGCAGCAGGACUCUUCUUCCCCGGACCACGACAAGAACUACCACUACUCUAUGCAGUACCCGGCCCUGCCCAGCUCCCGGCCCCCGGGACACAACCUGGUGUUCGGUUCGAAUGGAAUGCGCGGCGGGGUACAUUCUGAAAACGUGCUGCCGUAUCACGACAUGCACGUGCAUCACGACAGGCCGCCCAUGUACGAAGAACUCAACGCCUUUUUCCACAACUAGCUAACCCCUUUCACACAGAUUGACACCAGCAAUGAAUCAGAUUCACAGAAUACUGUAAAUGGACUUUAUUAAAAUGAUAUCAUUAUAUAAAACCCCUCCUCCAGACGCGCACGCACGCACAGCACCUCUCUCUCCCUCACCCUCCACCGUUUGAACAUUUCAAAAGUCUUUACGAAAAGCAAACAAAUAUACUAAAUGUAUUUGAGAAGAUAACAAGAGUGCGUAUACAUUUCUGUACGUGUCUACUAUUCACAUAUAUUAAAAACAGAAACACUUAAAGUCUAUA